AGUUGGUGUCCAGUUCCUGCUCCCGUCUCAACGUUUCUAAUGAACUCUUUGUUCCUUUUUCAAUUUCAGGAAAAGUUCAGUUUCACACCUGAACUGCUGACUGAGUCUGGAAAGACUUCAUACAGGUUCAGGUGUCCCGGUCCAGGUGUGUUCCAGUGUGCUUUGACUGGACUGGUGUUUGUUUUGGCUCAGGAGGCGGAGCUUCAGUACAACACUGUCAUAUGGGACGAGAGCCUCGUCCAAUCAGCUGGCAGGACGGCUGCAGGGCCGCUGUUCAGAAUUGAGAGUUCAGAUGAUGCUGCUGUCCGUCAGCUCCACCUGCCACACUGUGAAACAGAGGAAGCGUUGCGUGUUGACGGCCUGUUGUCUGUCGUCCACAUCACUGAUGAUGGAAUGAGCUUCUUGGAGCCGCUGGAGGUCUCAGACACUCAUGUGAUGGUGGAGGUUCCUCACCUCUCUGCCUUUGGUCUGGUCUGGGAUUUUGUUAGAAGGUUCCUGAACAUCUCACUGCAAAAAGAGGUUCAAGUUCUGCUGUUCCUCCGACCUAUCGACGGAGGGAAAGAACUGGAUGUAUUACUGCUGCCUAGCAACGUUCCUCUAACUGAGGUUAAAGAGAGACAUAGCCGUUCUAAGCGCAUCCAGGCCCCUGCCCACUGUGACCUGAUCGUAGGUAAACCCUACAAGGUUCACUGUUCACCUGGGAACUUCAAAGUACAGCCGAAGCGUAGUAAAUUUCGCUUAGACUAUGGACCAAAUUACCAUCCAACAUUUCAAGUGUCACUGAAUCCGAUCCCAGAGAGCGUGACUUUGACGGUCCAGGAUGAAGAGGGGAGAGUAGUCUGGACAUAUGACUGGAAUCUGCCAGGCAGAAAUGUCCCAGCAGAGGACAGCAUCCCAGCAGAGCACAGCGUCCCAGCAGAGGACAGUGUCCCAGCAGAGGACAGCGUCCCAGCAGAGGACAGUGUCCCAACAGAAGACGCUGACCCACCAGAAGAUAAGCUGUUGUUGGUUCGGACAGAGUUUGUAAAAAGAGUCUCUGAUCCUGUUCUGAACCAGCUUCUGGAUAAACUCCUGGAGCUUCAUGUUAUAAAUGAUGGAGAAAUGCAGUCACUCAGAAAGAGAGGCCGAGCAGACAGAGCACGAGACGCGAUCGACACGGUGAGAGGAAAAGGAAGUGCAGCCAGCUCAGUCCUGAUGGAGGCUCUCUGGGAGCUGGAUCCACACCUUUCCACAGUGCUGAGGCUCAGAUGA